AAAUGGCGACCGCCCGAUACUGGUAAAGUGGGACUGCCCUGUAGUCGUUAGAGAGAGACCACAGAGGUUUAAAGACAAGGUAGAUAUUGUUUCAGAGAAGAAGUUUUCUAGCUGCCACAAUCACCCAAGGCACUUUACUAAGAUAGGGUAUUGUCUCUCACUCUCUCUCCUCUUCUCCACCUGGGGAGCUCACGUGACUCUCUCCAGUCCUCAAUUAGUUCUUAGUAGAUGAUUUUAACUCGUUAUGUCAGCGUAUCAAGACUCAAGAGGGAAGGCCUUACUAUCAACAAGGCAAAGAGAAGAACUACAUCAUGCUAUAGCUGACUACUUGCUGUCUCAAGGUCUUACAGAAUCAGCGGAAUCAUUUAAAAAAGAAACUGAUUUAAAAGACCCUGGUAAUUCAAAGUAUAAUGGCUUACUAGAGAAGAAAUGGACAUCAAUAAUUCGUCUACAGAAGAAGGUAAUGGAUUUAGAGACGAAAUUGAGUGAAGUCCAGCGAGAGGUCGUAGAAGGCGGAGCCACGAGAAAGUCAAGAUCGGCAGCCGAUUGGAUCCCCAGACCACCCGAAAAAUUUGAGUUGAGUGGUCAUCGAGCAACGAUCACUACAGUGUUAUUUCAUCCUCAGUACAGUGUUGUGGCAUCAGCUUCGGAGGAUGCAACGAUUAAGAUAUGGGACUACGAGACGGGGGACCACGAGAGAUCGUUGAAAGGUCACACAGAUGCUGUACAGGACUUGGCUUUCGACCACACAGGGAAAGUUCUUGCAUCCUGUUCUGCCGAUAUGUCCAUUCGACUCUGGGACUUCACUACUUUCACUUGUACAAAGACUCUUCAGGGCCAUGAUCAUAAUAUAUCGUCGAUAGUUUUUAUGCCUUCGGGAGACUUUCUUAUAUCGGCCUCUCGUGACAAAACCCUCAAAAUGUGGGAAGUAGCUACAGGUUAUUGUGUUAAAACUUAUACUGGACACAGAGAGUGGGUCCGGUGUGUUAGAGUAAGUCCUGAUGGCUCGUUACUGGCAUCUUGCUCUAAUGACCAGUCGAUUCGUGUUUGGGUAGCCUCCACCAGGGAAUGCAAGGCUGAGCUCAGGGGACACGAACACGUCGUAGAGUGUGUUGCGUGGGCUAAUGAUGCUUCCCUCACACAAGUGGCCGAUGCUGUAGGUAUACAGACCAAAAAGGGAGGGCCUGCUCCUGGCCCCUUCCUAAUAUCCGGAUCAAGAGAUAAAACCAUCAGACUGUGGGACGUCUCGACUGCUGUCUGCUUACAAGUCCUGAUUGGCCAUGAUAAUUGGGUGAGGGGCCUCAUGUUCCAUCCUGGAGGAGGGAAGAGUAUCAUUAGUUGUUCUGACGACAAGACCAUACGGAUAUGGGACUACAAGAACCAGAGAUGUGCUAAGACUGUAGAGGCACACGGCCAUUUUGUUACAACAAUCGAUUUUCAUAAAUCAGCUCCAUACGUUGUGACUGGUAGUGUAGAUCAGACUAUUAAAAUAUGGGAGUGUCGUUAAAUAGCCACGCCCUCUA